AUGCGAGUUCAUCACCCUGGGGAGACUUCAUCACCCUGGGGGAGACGUACAUGCGAGUUCAUCACCCUGGGGGAGACAUACAUUCUGAAUGUGAACGACAUACAGGACACGUGUCAGAAGAAUGCAGCAGCAGCUCUGGUGGUGGGACGCAGAGACGUGGCUAAGGUGUGGGCCCUGGCCUCGGCUGCCACCAGCCUAGAACUCAGUCCUGACUCUGACCCUGAUGCAGACGCUCCCUGGGCCAGACAUCCGUUUGGGCGCCACCUGCUGGAGACUCUUCUGGACCACUACAGUCUGAUGAGUGAUGUCCAGACUCUAGCCAUGCUGUGUAGUGUGUUCAGGACCCAGGGCUGUUCCCAGGACUACUUCUCUCUGUAUGGACAGCAACGCUCUUCUCUGUUUCCCCCUCAUCACUCCCGAUACCCCAGCUACACAUCCAGCUCUGUGUCGUCAGGCUCCUGUUACAGCACCUCAGACUCCACCACCACCACCACCACCUGGAGCAUCGGCUGCUGGACCCAGCCAACACCAUGCAGUUUGAUGACUUUAAGAAGUGUUACCAGGGGAGAUCCUCCUAGAUAG